AUGCAUCGGAGUACAUCCUCAAAUGGACUGUUCAAAGGGGGUAACAUAUUUGGGGGCAGUAAGACUCCAACUUCUUCAACACGACCAGAUACUAGCGGAGGAUCUCCUAAGAGUGAAUUGAAUUACAGUCCAACACAUCGACCAACACAUCAGCCAAGGAGUUCGGUAACAGGAUUCAGUCGCAAACCCUCCUUUUCCGCCUCUUCGCGCCAUAAUCGACGCAACAAUUCCACGGCGCAUUUGCAUUCUACACUUCUACCUCAUCUCCCAAUAUUUCCCACGUCGAACUCAUCCGAGAAGCUUUCUGCGGCGAAUAAUCCCUAUGUCGUACCAGUAAUCAUCCCACAACCACCCUCGGAUCCUCGGCAAAGCAUAGAUAGUUACGAUCGGGUCGUCUUAGCAGAAUCCACGGGAGUCAAUGCAUUUGGAGGCGUAUCACCACGUCAAUCAAUAGAUGCCGAAUCUUUUACCUCCACAACGCCAUACUCAAACAUGCUUGCCAGACCAGGAACGGGAUAUCAGUCUUCGGGGGGAGGGCCUGCGGGUCCUGGUGUGAUGGCUCCUAUGCAGCCUGGAAGUCCUACACUUGAGACCAUAACCUAUCAGCACAUACAAGAAAUGGCAUCCAAGAGGAUAUCUACUCUGGACUAUUUAAGAAAAGCUCAUGAAGGAAGGGUCUAUUGGUUCAACACAUUACUAUUCAACAAACCAGAUUUACAACGAAUGCCCUACUUCGAUGCGCGCAAACUCGCCCGUCGCGCGACAAAUUAUCUUCUCCUCGGCCUUUCACUACCCACUAUCCUCGACCUUAAUUCAUCAAGUCCCUCCGAAUUCCUGCGCACGCUCAAUGCGCUCCUGGGUGAAUUUGAAUCCUUUCAACAGGCGCAUCCACCGGAUGGAUCGACGUCUUCUUCGUUAUCGCGCGGCCGAUUUCCCCAGAUGUUUAAACGCACAACCAUGAUUACAAGUAAAGGAAGACGUACAAGCUCUGCGACAGAAAUAGGAUUACCGAUGGGCAACGAUUUCUCGGAUACUAAAUCUAAUAAUGGGAGUACGCCAAGUGGAGGUGGGAAUGGCGGAACAUCGUUCCCGGCGAGUGAGAACGAUUUAUUGCCCGGGGAGGAAUAUAAACAUCUAUUAACGCCAUCUUUACCGUUCGAUCCCGAUUUUUAUGAGACGUUUGCGACGCUGUGCGAUGUGUUGAUCGAUUGCUAUACGAGGUUGAUGAGCUUAGUAUCAUCGCCGAAAGAGUGUAGUCCGCAGAUUGCGGAAAUGUUUACCAAGGCAGAUGCUAGAGUCAGGAAGAUCAUCGUACAGGGAGUAGUGAAGGAGUUUGAAGAUAGCAGCAGGGGUGGAGUGAAGAGUGAGGUCGCGGGCGUGGGAAGGGUGGUUCUUGGUGGGCUUAUGUGA